AUGACAGACCAAUUCGCUUUCGAAUACUCCUCACCAUUAAAGGGCUAUGAAAAUCUCGAACCACUGCCUGAGGAGAGAAGCGAGGAUGGGAAAUCAUUCAAAAAUCCGCAGCAUGGGAUUUUGAGUAAAGCCUACGAGGAAUUUCCCGAUCCUCUUGAUAAGGGCCGCCAGGGUGGUUUCGAUAUCCAUAUUUAUCAUUUCCAGAAUAACCCAGAUCAAGCUGCCUAUGCCAAAGCUCUUUGGGAGCGGAUUCGACGAGAAUUCCCUGAGCUCCGGAUUUACACUUUUUUCGACCGGCCCAUUGGCCCACAUCCAGUAGCCAUGUUCGAAGUGAACCUUUUCACACCGGCGCAGUUCGGCGCCUUCAUCCCCUGGCUGGUCAUUAACCGGGGGCCAUUGAGUGCCCUAGUUCAUCCGAAUACUGUGCACAGCGAGGAAGAACGUAAUCAUACCCAGCGGGCUACUUGGCUUGGGGAUCGGAUUCCAUUGGAUUUGAGACUUUUUAAGCUUAUGAAGGAGAAGGAGAGGAAGGAGGCUGAAGAAGCGGAGAGGGCCAAGAAGGGGAGCUUAUAG